AUGUAAUUCAAACCCGCACCAUCUAAUCUGAAUUAAAUCAGAGCACAAAAGGUAAAAUUUGAUGAUAAAGAAUUAACAUAUUUAAAGAAAGAAAAAAAACUAGAGCAAAGGAUAACUGAAUUGAUGUAGGAAUUACAAUAGAUUCCAAAAUUAUAAGAAUAAAUAAAAGCUUUGAAUGAAUAAAUUUCUAAAUAAGAUAACACUAUAUAACGAUUCAGGUUGGUACAAAGCAAUGAGAGAACAUUGAAUGAAAGGAUUUAGAAUAAGGAAAUUACAAUAUAAAACCAAGAACAUGAAAUUGAAUAAUUGAAUAAAAAAAUUGACCAACUUUAAAAGGAUGUAUGCUAUGAAAAGCAAAAUAAGUAAAUUACUUUUCAAAUUAAACAACCAGUUAAAUCUUUAACCGUUCAAUAAGAAUAGGAAAAACCAAUCAGAGUGUAAGAACUUGAAAAAUAAUUACUUUAUAAAACAACUGCAGUUCUAAAAGUACAAGAGAAAAAAAGAUAAAUGAAGAAACAAUUCAAAAAUAAAAUUGAAUAGUUAGAACAAGAAUUAAAAGAUUACAAAUAUGGUUAUGAGUCAUAUUAUGAAUAAAAUGAAUAACUUACUGAAUAAUUAAGAGAGACUUCUGCAUUAUGUGGCAAAUUGACAAGUGAAAACUAAUCUUUAAAAGAUUAAUUAGAAAUCUUUAACUGCGUCCCUUCCGAGUAGAGAGACAAAAAUUAAGACACAAAAUACAUCAUUGAAAUUUAAAAUUUAAGAAACCGAAACCUACAAUAACAACAAUAGAUAUCCCAAUUAUAAUAUGAUAUUAGUGAGUUGAAAACUUAGAACGGAAUUCUGAUUGAAAAGCUUAAGACUAUAGAUUCUGUAAAAUAGAAGAACGAUAAAUUGCAAGGAGAACUUAUGCUUUUAGAAACAGAAAAUGAAAGACUUAAGAGGAAGAAUCUCAGUGACUUAGAUCACAUUGAAUAAUAAAUAGUCUAAAUAAACUUAAAGGAGUAACAAAUAAAGGAUAAAAAUUAUGAAUUAGAAUUGAAGUAGAUCAAUUUGCAUUAAAUGAUUAAGUAUACGAAUGGUAUGAAAGAAGAAAAUGAGUAGUUAAAUGCUGAAAUAGUUAUUUUAAAAUCAUAACUUUUGGAUUUGAGGAGACAAUUUGAAUUUGUGGAAGAAAAGCAUGAAGAGGAAAUGAGAAUUUUAGAAGAAAAAUUAAAAUUAUUAUAAACUUAAACAAAUUUUAGAAUAAUUAAUUAAAUCCCAGUUUAAAUUAAUUCACCAUAUUAGAUACCUUAAAUCGAGCGUCAUUAUUUAUGA